CGCCAGAGGCCUGCCGCCACGCGAGCCCAGGGAGGCGUGCCCGGAGGGCGCUGUGCCGUACAAGUGUACACUGAACAAGCUGGCUCCCCUCGGCCGGGGCGUACAGCCGCGAGGCGCGGCACGGAGCGAGGACGGCGCGCUGGGCACUACGCGGUGACGUGUUUGUUGUGUCCGAAGGUCGGGGCGGUCGUCGCCGUGGGCAGCCCGGGCCCGUGGCGUCUGAGGAGCCCGCCGCUCGCCGUAGCACUCGGUGGUUCGGAAGGGCGGCUGGUGGCAUUCUGCGCGUGAGAGUGCGGAAGGCUUGCAGCAUAGAAGUGGUGGUGUGACUGCCUUGGAGCCGGAAGACGUGGACAAGGGCUCCAGUAUGAGGACUACGUGGACCAACAAAAUUGAGUUUGUGCUUGCCUGCCUCGGGUACGCCGUUGGCCUGGGCAACCUCUGGAGGUUCCCUUACCUCUGCUACAAGUCAGGGGGAGGGGCGUUUCUGAUUCCGUACUUCAUCAUGAUGUUCGUGUGUAGCAUCCCGCUGCUGCUGAUGGAGCUGGCCGUCGGGCAGUUCACCAGACAGGGUCCCGUCGGGGCCAUGCAGCGACUCUGCCCACUGCUCAAAGGUGCCGGGCUGGCGACCGUCGUCAUUUCAUUCCUGUUCUGCUCCUACUACAACGUGGUGAUCGCCUGGGCGCUCUACUACAUGUUUGCCUCGUUCCGGAGCGAGGUCCCGUGGGCACGCUGUAACAACACGUGGAACGAAGCCUCGUGCCAGGACACGUUCAGCCCGAACACAUCGGUCGCAGAUAACGUCACUACACCAUCCGAGGACUACUUCUACCAUGAAGUGCUGCAGAUCACGGACGGUAUAGAAGAGGUCGGAUCCGUGCGCCUCCCCAUAUUCCUCACGCUGCUGCUGGCCUGGGUGCUCGUGUAUUUCUGCAUCUGGAAAUCUAUCAAAUCCUCAGGCAAGGUCGUGUACUUCACCGUCAUAGCGCCGUACGUGCUCAUCGCGGUCUUCCUCUGGCGGGCCCUGACUCUGGAUGGCGCCACCGACGGACUGCGUUUCCUGUUCGAUCCCAAGUGGGAGUUGCUGAAGGACGCCAAGGUAUGGGUAAACGCCGCUGCGCAGAACUUCAACUCCGUCGGCAUAGCGUUCGGCUCGAUGAUCGCGUUCGCCAGCUACAACAAGUUCGACAAUCGCUCCAUCCUGUUCGACACGUUCAUCAUCUGCUGCCUCAACUCGCUGACCAGCAUCUUCUCUGGCAUCAUCGUGUUUGCCACUCUAGGCCACAUCGCUAAGGAGCUCAACCAAAAGAUUCAGGAAGUGGUCGUGGCAGGACCCGGUCUAGUAUUUGUGAUCUACCCCAAGGCGUUGGCAAAUAUGCCGAUUCCACAGCUGUGGGGUUUUCUCUUCUUCUUCAUGCUGCUGUGCCUGGGUUUGGACAGCCAGUUCGCCACGCUGGAGGUGGUGAUCACAACCCUGCAGGACGCCUAUGGAAAGUGGAUCAAGGAGUACCUGAAGCGCCACGAGGUGCUGGUGCUGAUGAUCUGUCUCGUCUCCUGCGUGCUGGGCCUUCCGCACGUGACUCAGGGCGGCAUGUACUUCUUCCAGCUGAUGGACUACUACGUGGCCGGCAUAUCGCUCAUGUUCCUGGCGUUCUUUGAAGUGAUCGCCGUUACCUGGAUCUACGGAACAGAGCGGCUCUGUCGUGACUUUGCCAUCAUGACGGGCGCGCGGCCCUCCAUCUACUUCCAGAUCUGCUGGAGAUAUCUGGCGCCCUUUUUGAUCCUGGCCAUCUGGAUCUUCAGCCUGAUCGACUACGAGCGUCCGACGUACGGCGCGUACCGGUACCCGGAGUGGGCCAUCGGGCUCGGCUGGCUGCUGGCCUCGCUCUCCAUCCUGCCGAUCCCCGUCUGCGCCGCGCUAGCGCUCGUCCAGGCGCCUGGACGCACGCCCUGGAAGCGGCUGAUGGGUGCCAUUCGGCCGGACCCCGACCUGUACCCGGACGGCAUCUACGGAGCGGAGCAUGGGGGCGCGUACGGGCUAACGCCGUCCUCGCCCACCAAGGGUGCCGGCUUGGUGCCACCCUCGCCGACCAAGGCCGCCACGUACCGGCGUACAGCCGAGGACUGACGCCAGCGCCGCCAGGCGGACCGGUGGGCAGUUGUUGAUUCCGGACGCCACCGGUCGGCGACGCCACCGGCCGAUCGUGACAGUUGUCGAGCUCGCCGACCGCGCCUGCGAUUGACUGCCUCCCUCAGCGGGGGUGCGAUGAUGUUCACCGUUGUCGCGACUUUGAGAGAUAACAUUUCCAAGUGUGCUGAUUCAGAGUCGUCGAGUCUGGCCGUCCCACUGAACCGUUUCCUUUCAAUCAGUUGAGGACACGUAUAUUUCAGAUAAGCGCGAAAGCUCAUAUUGAGCGCUAGGCUUCGGUUAACUUUGUAUGUCGUAUUUACGAAAACACAUUACAAAGCAUAAACGCGCACAUUUGGUACGCUGGUGCGUUGACCUGCUCGCUUUUGGGCGGCUGCGGAUAGAGAAUGUCAUAUUAGUGCCUUCAUAGCCCACGCCUGCCUCAAUAUACAGCCGACACGUCCUCA